UUGAAAAUGUCAUCAAAACAUUUUGACUAGAGCAGUAAAUGGGAAUCAAGCACUUCAUUUUGCAACAUGAAUGCACUGUUUAACCACUGUUCAACUCGAGGAAUAUUUAUGCCCACGUUGUGUGGUGUCUGAGGAACGUAAAUAAUGGCCCCCUGUGUUAGGAGGUGGAGUUUGAACAACACUGGUUCCAUCUUAUUGUGUGCAGAGUAACACAGCUUUCACCUACUACGAGAACAUGAUGCGAGAGACUUUUAAGCCUGCUGCGUCUAAGAAAAAGCCAAUCUCCAGCCGAGUAGUGAAGAAAGACACAUCGUCACUCAGCACGAGACUUCAACAGGCAGAGGACCUUGUGAAAGAGCGCCUUAUGCUCCACCAGCCUGUACCAGAUCAACGCUUCCCCAGAGGUCUGGUGCUCUCAGUGAUGAAGCGCCUGGUGGAUGAGAGACUUGGUGCCAUGGAGUACAGCCCGGCAUGUUCGGCCGUUGCCACAGAGCUGUCUGAAUCCAUUAAAGAGGCAGUGAAAAGCCUCUCCAGCGGACGCUAUAAACUCAUCUGCUGUGUGGCCAUCGGGCAGCUUCACAACUCUGCUGUUUCCUGCUCGAGCCGCAGCAUCUGGAAUCCAGACACAGACACCUUCACAGAGUACCUGUUUAAAAACCAGCAUCUGUUCACGCUGUGCGUUCUCUUCGCCGUGUACCAAGAGUAGGCAAUGUCAGUUCCUGAGUUAUUGGUACCUUUAAAGAUAAUCGACAUAGUUCGCAAAUUUGUACUCUAGCAACUGAUGAAAAUGUUUUCAAUAAUAAUAAUAAUAAAAUAACUCAAAAACUCUCCCAAAACCUGUUUGCCUCUACCAGGAGGUAACAACUUGCCACUGACACCUUCACAGAGUACCUGUUCAAAAUGCAGAAAAUCAUCCAAUCAAUUGAAUUUACCACAGGUACACUCCAGGCAAGUUCUAGAGACAUCCAGAAAAUCAAAGCAAAUAGGAUGCACCUGAGCUUCUUUUGCCAGUGCCUUAACUGAAGGAUUUAUAAUUGCAGUUCAGCAAAAACAAAUUCUAAAAACUUUUCACUUUGUCAUUAUGGAUUAUUAUGUGUAGUUUAAUGGCAAAAAAGGCAGUUUUUAAUCCAUUUUAAAUAAAUCUUAAACAUGAUUAAAGCCAGGUUCACACUGUACGAUUUCAGCCACAAUUUGAGAAACAUAUUUUGACAUGUUCCCUGACA